GCUGAUAUGAGCGACAUGCUCCAUUAGUUAUGAGACUGAAAGUCAUCAGCUGGUCAAAACACUACAAAUCCGAUUGAAAGAAAGCAGAACAAGAUUUUGCUGGAUAACUUCUGCUUCUCCUUUUUCAAUAUGCAGCUGUACAAAGCGUGUUUAUGCGGCUGCAGUGACGUCACCGGGCACAUCAGCUGGACCAUCAGAUGUAAACACACUUAACUGUCUUCUUCAUCAUUGUCAUCCUCAUUACCAUUUGGCGAGUGACAGCUGUCAUCCGCAGCCACAGACUACUUCAAAUCAUUUCCGUUUCAGAGUCUCAUUAGCAGUGUGGAGUCGCACAGAACAAUGUGAGCAGAUCCACUUUUGUGUUUUUAUUUCGUGUCAAGAUGGCAGAUGAUUUGGCCUCUAGUACAGCCGGGGCACGGGGAGCCGGUUGGUCCUCUCAGGCCUGCCCCAAGCAGAAAUACCGCAGUAAUGCCCAUUCACAGGGACUUCUGGAGGGGCUCCUGAUGCUGCGACAAGAAGGAAUUUUGUUUGAUGUCGUGCUCAUAGUAGAAGAAAAACCCAUCCAAGCUCACCGUAUCCUCCUGGCAGCCUCAUGUGAUUAUUUCAGAAGAUUCAGCUGCAUAGUUAUUUUUCCUAAGUUUUUGAUUUUCAUGUUAAGGGGUAUGUUUGCUGGAGGUCUCCGGGAGAUGCAGGAAACCGAGAUCCCUGUUCAUGGAGUCACAUACACAGCAAUGACUAAACUGCUGGACUUUAUUUACACAUCUGAGCUGGAACUGGAUCUGGAUACAGUGCAGGAGGUGCUGUGUGCAGCCACUUUACUACAGGUCCAAGAUGUGAUUGGCUUCUGCUGUGACUUCCUGUUCUCCUGGCUGGAUGAUGACAACAUCCUGGAGGUGGAAAAACUAGCGGACAUCUACGGACUGAAUCAGCUCGGGGAGAAAAUUCGCUCGUAUCUGCUCAAGAACAUCCAGGCCUUCUCGCGUACACCUGUGUAUCGAAAGCUUCCUGCGGAUAAAGUGUUGAGCAUUCUGUCCAGCAAUGAACUGGAGGUGAACUCAGAGAAUGAGGUGUUUGAAGCCGCCCUACAUUACCAUUACACCCCUGAAGAGGUGGAGAAGGAUCAGGUAUUCCUGCAGGGUCCGUUGCAGAUGUUGGAAGCGGUGCGUUUCUGUCUGAUGGAGAAGCACGUACUUCAGCGUCUGCACAGUCGGUUAAAACAGUGCCCGCUGCGGGACUCUGUUGCCGCCGCUCUACGUUACCACAGCCAGGAACUAUUGCAACCGGUUAUGCAAACCCCACUAACUCAGCCACGAUGCAUCACCCAGUGCAUUGUGGGAUUUGGUGGCAUGUAUUCAUCACAUGCACUUGUAGACAAUGAAGAACGGUUCCAGGUGUUUCACCCCUCCUGGGGUGAGUGGCGUAGUCUGGCUGCAGACCGAGCUCCUCGCAUGUCCAACAUGGGCAUCGCUGUACUAAAUAACUUCGUCUACUUGGUCGGGGGAGACAAGAACAGCAGUGGCUUCCGUGCUGAGGCUCGAUGUUGGCGGUACGACCCUCGACACAACAGCUGGUGCUCGAUUGAAUCUUUACAGCAGCAGCAUGCAGAUCAUUGCGUCUGUGUGGUUGGUGAAUAUAUCUAUGCUAUAGGAGGACGUGACUACACCAAUGAAUUGGAGUGUGUGGAGCGCUACAACCCUCAGACCAACACCUGGGAAUAUGUUGCACCACUGAAACGAGAGGUAUACGCCCAUGCGGGAGCAGUGAUCGAUGGGAAGAUCUACAUCGCAUGUGGUCGACGAGGAAUGGCCUAUCUGAAGGAGACUUACUGUUAUGAUCCCUGUGGAAAUCACUGGAGCGUGUGUGCUGAAGGCCCAGUGGAGCGAGCCUGGCACGGGAUGGCGGCACUGAACGGCCGGGCUUAUGUCAUCGGAGGAAGCAACGAUGGUUGUGGUUACCGAAGAGACGUCCUCAAGGUGGCAUGUUAUAACCCAAUAGCAGAUGUCUGGUCAGUGGUGAGCCCGCUGCCCGCUGGACAUGGAGAGCCUGGCAUGGCUGUUCUUAAUGGAUGCAUCUACGUCCUGGGUGGAAGGUCGCACGAUAAGGGCAGUCGUAUGAAGUACGUUCACAUUUAUAAGGCAGAGGAAGACCAAUGGGAGACCGGAACGGGCCUUGAGGACCGCGUCUCUGGACUUUCAGCAUGUGUCGUACUCCUGCCACGGGCAUCCGUGGCUCAGGCACGGAGCUGGGAGCAAAGAACCAAGGCAUCAUGGGAGGAGGUCGAAUUUGACGACUCGGACAACUCCAGCGAAGACUGAAGCGUACGUGUGCAACGUUAUAGGGAUGUCUUUUGUUUGGCUUGGCUAUAGAUAUAAGGUAGGUCUGAUUUAUUCAACUUGUAUUUUACUGACUGGGUAAAUCUCGCAAAAAAUGUCCAGUAACAUGAAAAGAAACAACAGCAAAUUGGUUUUGCAUAAAUGUACUUAUUCUUUUCUAUGAUAGGUGCUGUUUCCUUUAUGCAAAAUAUAAUUGCUAAUAUUUGUCUGUUGACUGAGACAUUAUCUGACAGGUUUUAAUCUGACUAUUUUAAGUGCAUUGUGCCAACUCAAAAUGUUGAUUUUGUUUCUGAACUACACUGAUAAUAAAAUCUGUGCUACUAUGGGACAUAGAUGGUUACACUGUAUAUGCACUUUAAAAAAAGGAGAUAAUUUGAUUUUGCUUGUAAUGACUGUGCCUUUCUUUUACUGUUUAUCUGAUGCCUUUUUAUGAAUACAUUUUAAGGAUGUGCAAUACUGUAUGAUUUUAAAGGAAUGAGUGUUGGAAUUGGUCAUUGAAUGACUCUUGGGUUUCUCCAAAGAGAAAUGAGUUAAAAUGUUAUUUACAGCCCCUCUGACACUUGGCAUUUUUUAUGUUUAUUAAAUUCCUGUAAAUUAUUAUGCACUGAAGUGGGAUUAAAGCCACAAUAUGUAGGAUUUCACAGUAACACCAUCCAGAAAUGCUUCAAAUUCGCUAAUCAUGUUAAUGAAUUAAUGUUUUAUUAGCUGUACAUUUGAUCACAUUAUUUUAUGCUGUCAUAAUAAAUUCACUGCAAGGCACAACAGCUGCAAUCCCUCCUGCGAUACCGGGAUAUCGUGGAUAUUAAACAGGGUUUCCCGGGGUCCUUAAACUCCUUGAAAGUUUGUGAAUCUGGGGGGAAAUAUUCAAGGCCCUGGGAAGUUUUUGAAAAGAUACAUACAUAGAUACAGGUCAUUAAAAGUGCUUAAAUCUAUUUUAUGCAAGAAGUUUUCUAAAAAAAAAAAAAUCCAUAUUAUUUCCUGUGUAGUGCAGGAUAAUAAUUCUAGACUUUUUAAGCACACGUGCUAAACUGUUUGCUUUAAAUGCUUAUAUCUUCUGUAUGCGAAUGUUGAUUCAUACCAAAAUGCUUUUUUGCAUAGAUGUGUUUGAAAACGUCUCGGGUUACGUAUGUAACUGUUGUUCACUGAGAAGGGAACGAGACGCUGCGUCUCCCUUGCCAUACUUCCUGCAUCCCUAUAACGCCGUUUUUGGCAAUAUUUCAGAUAGUAAUAUACUUCCUGGCUCCCGCGUCACCCUGUCUUUGUCGUUAAGCCUCACCAUUGGUUGAAUUUGAUAUACACAUUCAGAUACACUUACCCCUGGAGGCGUCCCCAAAGUGUCACCGCAGUGACGCAGCGUGAGUUCCCUUGAAAGGGAACUGUAACAAUGUAUCUUAAAAGGUAACACAAUGUAACCUUGCUCUCACUUGAAAUGUGUCCCCACAUUUAGUCCUUGAAUUUGAGGGUAUUGGACCUGGAAAGUCCUUGAAAGGUCCUUGAAUUUGAAGUCCUUGAUUAAAUAUCUAAAAGGGCGACAAUUACAAGGGAGACAACAAGCCAUUAUUUGAAACAGAAAUUGGAAUUUACAAAUCCUUGGGAACUUUUGGGAUAGCUGCAUUAGAAAUAUCACACUGCGCAAGUGGUUUUUGUAUAUUUUAUUAAAAGAAUCUUACUUAUUGUGGCUUUAAAACAUUUCUUCUUUAUUUUUAAUCUUUGAAGGCAUCAGAUUUAUUUGACUGUGACUGUCAUAAUGGAGAUUAUGCAUAUUAAAUCCGCAAAUAUAUUUAUCUAACAAUUUACAAAAAAAUGCUUAUACAAUCUCUGAUAUAUCUAACAUAAUAAAUAGCCAUUGACUGUGCUUUAAAGGGAAACUCCACUUUUUUUGAAAAUAUGCUCAUUUUCAAGCUCCCCUAGAGUGAAUAUUUGAUUUUUACUGUUUUGGAAUCCAUCAGCUGAUCUCUGGGUCUGGCGGUACCACUUUUAGCAUAGUUUAGCAUAAUCCAUUGAAUCUGAUUAGACCAUUAGCACCGCGCUAAAAAAUAACCAAAGAGUUUUGAUAUUUUUCUUAUUUAAAACUUGACUCUUCUGUAGUAACAUCGUGUACUAAGACUGACGGAAAAUUCAAAGUUGCGCGGCAGAUAUGGCUAGGAACUAUACUCUUAUUCUGGCGUAAUAAUCAAGGACUUUGCAGCAGCAGCCGAAAAUAUUCCCUUCGGUUACUUUCAAUAGCAGAGGACUAUUUUCGGGCACUGCGUAAUAUCAUUGCGCCUGCUGCAGCCAUGUUACAGCAGCAAAGUCCUUGAUUAUUACACCAGAAUGAGAGUAUAGUUCCUAGCCAUAUCUGAAUAUCAUAGCUAAAUGGUCUAAUCAGAUUCAAUGGAUUGUGCUAAGCUACGCUAAAAGUGCUACCGCCAGACCCAGCCCAGCAAACAUUUGGACGUCCGAUUACCGUUAAAAAUACGUCCCUCCGUCACGUCCCGUCAUGGUUGAAAAAUAGUUCCAAAAUGAAAAUCCAACCGACGUCUUUGACGUCAUCUGACCGUGAAUCGCACGUCUUUUCUGCACGGUCCGUGCACGUCUAAAAAUUUCCUCUCUUGGACGUUAAUACAUAAAACCCGUACAUAAAAUGUUAAAUACACGCAACCUCAGACAAAUAUAGACAUAUACAAAUGUAUACAAGCAUAUAUAAAUGCAUUUUAGGACAUGUUGUGCAUUUGUGCCAUCCAGCCGCAACUAAUUUUGGACGUGGAGACGACGUUGAUUUCGGAACAAUAGUACAACAUUUGUGCCGUCCUGCGGUGACCCCUUUUGGCCAGGGAGACGACGUUGCCGUCCGACCUAUGUUUGCUGGGAGAGAUCGGCUGAAUGGAUUCCAAAACGGUAAAAAUCAUGGUACACAACUUAUUUUGAAGAUAACUAUAAAUGCACUCUUAAAAAUGCUGUUUUUUGGGGGGUCAAAUAUGGAAAAACCCAACUGUUGGGUUCGAAAUGAAACUAUUCUGGGUUGUUGUUAUGGGUUAGGUUAAACAACCCAACAUUUUUUUAGAAUGUGGGGAUUUUCAGAUCAUUAUUCCUUUAUAACAUUCAAAACAUUUGUUUUAACUGCUUCGUUACCUGUUUGCAAUGUUAAACUUUAAUGAUCAUAUUAACAAUAAAGACAAAUCUACUGUA